GCGGGGGAAAAGGUGGGAGGUGGGUGAGCGCGCGCGCCGCCCGUCCGCCGUGGUUUCCUGGCUGCGCGCGGCGGUGGCGGCGUCGCUGCAGCUGUUGCAGCAGCGGCGAAGAUGGCGGAAGGGCUGGAGCGCGUCCGGAUCUCCGCGUCGGAGCUGCGAGGGAUCCUGGCCACUCUGGCUCCGCAGGCCGGGAGCAGAGAAAUCAUGAAGGAGCCCAGGCAACGCAAAGAUAAUAGACGCCCUGAUCUGGAAAUCUAUAAGCCUGGUCUUUCACGACUAAGGAAUAAACCUAAAAUCAAAGAACCCUCUGGGAGUGAUGAAUUUAAGGAUGAAAUUGUUAAUGACAAAGAUUCUUCAGCUGUUGGAAAUGGUACACAGCUCAUCAAAGAUGUCUGCAAAGAACUCGACAACCAACAGCAAAAUGAUCCUGUAGACCCAGAAAAUAUUCGGGCACUGGAGUCCUCUCCUAGAAUUGCUGGACAAGAGGAUCGAAGUCUAAGAAUUAUCAAGAAAACAAAGAAACCUGACAUGCAGAUCUAUCAGCCUGGAAGGCGUAUGCAGACUCUUACCAAAGAAUCUACUAGCAGGAUGGAUGAGGAAGAAAUCCUCAACCAGGUAGAACAACUGAAAGUAGAGGAAGAUGAAUGUAGGGAGCAAAUGAAAGAGGAAGUUGUGAAUAAACCAGACAAAAAUGAGAUACAAAAGAGCCUAAAUUGUGACAGAGUAAGGGCUGCAAAGGGAGAAAAAGGAAAAAGGAUUGAAAAGGGGGAGGGGAUGAAGAAAGUGAAUGAAGACCCAGCACAGGGGAAGCCUGGUUCUGCAAAGCGCUAUUCCCGCUCAGACAAACGAAGGAACCGCUACCGCACUUGCAGUACCAGCUCAGCUGGUAGCAACAACAGUGCUGAGGGGUCUGGCCUGACUGAUAAUGGAUGUCGCCGCCGCCGCCAGGAUAGGACCAAGUUGAGGUCACGACUGAAGAAGCAAGUGUCUAUGUCCUCAACUGACUCCUUAGAUGAGGACAGAAUUGAUGAGUCUGAUGGGCCCAGGAGGAGCUCAGAAAGGAAGAAACAUUUAGAAAGAAAUUGUUCGGGCCGUGGGGAGGGAGAGCAGAAAAGCAACGGUAAAGAAAAUCGAGGCACUCUUCGUGUCACUUUUGAUGCAGAAACCAUGAACAAAGAUUCCCCCAUAGUGAGGCCAGCCAGAGAGGAUGUGGAUAGGUUAAAGCCUGAUAAAGGCUUGAGCAGUGGGGGCAAAGGCUCUGAGAAGCAGGAGUCCAAAAACCUGAAACAAGAACUUCGGGGUCGUGGCCGUGGCAUUCUGAUUCUGCCUGCCCAUACUACCCUAACUGUCAAUUCAGCUGGUUCUCCAGAGUCUACACCUUUGGGACCUCGGCUAUUAUUUGGAUCUGGUAGUAAGGGAUCUCGGAGUUGGGGCCGAGGAGGCACCACUCGACGAUUGUGGGACCCAAACAAUCCUGAUCAGAAACCUGCUCUAAAGAGCCAGACACCCCAGCUACAUUUCUUGGACACUGAUGAUGAAGUCAGCCCUACAUCUUGGGGUGACUCACGCCAGGCCCAAGCAUCUUACUAUAAGUUUCAAAACUCUGACAACCCUUAUUACUACCCCCGGACACCAGGCCCUGCCUCCCAGUAUCCUUAUACAGGCUAUAGCCCUCUGCAGUACCCAGUGGGCCCUACAAAUGGUGUGUACCCAGGACCUUAUUACCCAGGCUACCCGACUCCAUCAGGACAAUAUGUUUGUAGUCCUCUCCCUGCCAACACCAUGAGUCCUGAGGAGAUGGAGCAGCACAUGAGGAACAUGCAGCAACAAGAACUACAUAGGCUUCUCCGGGUGGCUGAUAACCAGGAACUGCAGCUCAGCAACCUGCUCUCCAGGGACCGCAUCAGUCCUGAGGGCCUGGAAAAGAUGGCUCAGCUUAGAGCUGAACUGCUGCAGCUAUAUGAGCGCUGUAUUCUAUUAGAUAUUGAGUUCUCUGAUAAUCAGAAUGUGGAUCAGAUCCUGUGGAAGAAUGCUUUCUAUCAGGUGAUUGAGAAGUUCAGGCAGCUUCUCAAGGAUCCGAAUGUUGAUAACCCAGAACAGAUUCGGAACAGACUGUUGGAACUCUUGGAUGAGGGUAGUGACUUCUUUGAUAGUUUGCUUCAAAAGCUGCAGGUUACUUACAAGUUCAAACUGGAGGACUACAUGGAUGGUCUUGCCAUUCGUAGCAAGCCAUUACGCAAGACAGUAAAAUAUGCCUUGAUCAGUGCCCAGCGAUGUAUGAUUUGUCAAGGAGAUAUUGCUAGGUAUCGGGAACAAGCCAAUGACACAACAAACUACGGGAAAGCACGCAGUUGGUACCUGAAGGCCCAGCACAUUGCUCCCAAGAAUGGGCGCCCCUAUAACCAGCUGGCUCUGCUGGCAGUGUAUACGAGGAGGAAGCUUGAUGCUGUGUAUUACUAUAUGCGCAGUUUAGCUGCCAGCAACCCUAUCCUGACUGCCAAGGAGAGUCUCAUGAGCUUGUUUGAAGAGACCAAACGAAAGGCAGAACAGAUGGAAAAAAAGCAACACGAGGAAUCGGAACUGAACCCUGACCAGUGGCGGAAAGGAAGGAAAUCUACUUUCCGGCAUGUUGGAGAUGACACUACUCGCCUGGAGAUCUGGAUUCAUCCAUCCAAUCCCCGGUCCUCUCAGGGCACUGAGUCUGGGAAGGAUUCUGAGCAGGAGAAUGGGCUGGGCAGCCUGAGCCCCAGUGAUCUGAACAAAAGGUUCAUCCUCAGUUUUCUCCAUGCCCAUGGGAAGCUGUUUACCCGGAUUGGGAUGGAGACAUUCCCUGCAGUGGCUGAGAAGGUGCUCAAGGAGUUCCAGGUAUUGCUGCAGCAUAGUCCCUCUCCUGUUGGAAGUACUCGCAUGCUGCAGCUUAUGACCAUCAACAUGUUUGCUGUACACAACUCCCAGUUGAAAGAUUGCUUCUCGGAGGAGUGUCGCUCUGUGAUCCAGGAGCAAGCCGCAGCCCUGGGUUUGGCCAUGUUUUCUCUCUUGGUGCGGCGCUGCACCCACUUACUUAAGGAGUCUGCCAAAGCUCAGCCAUCCUCUCCUGAGGAUGAGGAUGACCAAGAUGACAUCAAGGUUUCUUCCUUCGUUCCGGACCUGAAGGAACUGCUACCCAGUGUGAAAGUCUGGUCAGACUGGAUGCUCGGCUACCCAGACACCUGGAAUCCUCCACCCACAUCCCUGGAUCUGCCCUCACAGGUUGCUGUGGAUGUGUGGUCGAUGCUGGCUGAUUUCUGUAACAUAUUGACUGCGGUGAAUCAGUCUGAGGUGCCACUGUACAAGGACCCUGACGAUGACCUCACCCUUCUUAUUCUGGAAGAGGAUCGGCUUCUCUCGGGCUUUGUCCCCUUGCUGGCUGCCCCUCAGGAUCCCUGCUACGUGGAGAAAACCUCGGAUAAGGUUAUUGCAGCCGACUGCAAAAGGGUCACAGUGCUGAAGUAUUUUCUGGAAGCCCUUUGUGGACAAGAAGAGCCUCUGCUGGCAUUCAAGGGUGGAAAAUAUGUGUCAGUGGCACCCGUCCCAGACACCAUGGGAAAGGAAAUGGGAAGCCAAGAGGGAAAACAACUGGAAGAUGAGGAGGAGGAUGUGGUGAUUGAAGACUUUGAAGAAGAUUCAGAGGCUGAAGGCAGCGGAGGCGAGGAUGACAUCAAGGAGCUUCGGGCCAAGAAGCUGGCCCUGGCCAGGAAGAUAGCCGAGCAGCAGCGUCGCCAAGAAAAGAUCCAGGCAGUCCUGGAGGACCACAGUCAGAUGAGGCAGAUGGAGCUCGAGAUCAGACCCUUGUUCCUCGUACCAGACACCAACGGCUUCAUUGACCACCUGGCCAGUCUGGCACGGCUUCUGGAGAGCAGGAAGUACAUCCUGGUGGUGCCCCUCAUCGUGAUCAAUGAGCUGGAUGGCCUGGCCAAGGGUCAGGAGACAGAUCACCGGGCUGGGGGCUAUGCCCGUGUGGUGCAGGAAAAGGCCCGGAAGUCCAUCGAGUUCCUUGAGCGGCGAUUUGAGAGUCGGGACUCUUGCCUGCGGGCCCUAACCAGCCGUGGCAACGAACUCGAAUCCAUCGCCUUCCGCAGUGAGGACAUCACUGGCCAGCUGGGUAACAACGAUGACCUGAUCCUCUCCUGCUGCCUUCACUACUGCAAAGACAAGGCGAAGGACUUCAUGCCCACCAACAAAGGACCAUGUUCCCCUCCAGAGAGAGGAGAGGCUGGCAGUGUCCGUCUCCUGCCUCAGAGAGGCUCUCUGCCCUCUUGUGCCAACAGAGGAGCCCAUUCGGCUGCUGCGGGAGGUGGUGCUGCUGACCGAUGACCGGAACCUGCGUGUGAAGGCGCUGACGAGGAACGUGCCUGUGCGGGACAUCCCGGCCUUCCUCGCGUGGGCCCAGGUGGGCUGAGGGGGCCACGCUGGGGCCCCCCCCCCAUGGAACCGCUCCUGAGAGGCCACCAGGUGCCCAGUGUAGCACGGAAGAUGCCCACAUGCCUGAGCCACCAAACCACCCAGACAAUAAACCAUCCUCUUCCAACCCACACCGUGGCCGUGCUGUGGGGGAGCUGCUCCUCACAGAGCCCCUCCCAAGGGUUGGGCGGAAGCUGCUGGGACCCUCCUGGGCUGUCAAGAUUGAGUAGGGAGGUGGCUGGCUGCAGUGACAGCGGGUGGGCGAGCUAGAUAGGCUGCCCAUGCUCUCAGUCUUUCUCCCUCCCCUACUUAAAGGGCUGGGGGAAGGCUUUCUCAGCCUCGGGAGUCAGCCACUUUCUCAAGUGGAGAUGGAUUAAGGAGGUUAGAAUUUCCAUCAGAUGCAGGUGAAGUCACGGGUCCCUUUAAUCUCCAUCAGAACCCCUGUGCUGAACGUGUCCAAGGGGCUUGGCCACGCCAUGAAGAGAGUGCCCAGGGGGUGUCUUUCCCUCAAGGCCUGGGUUCUCACAUGGACCUAAGUUGGGCUGUGGACACCAUGUUCCAUACAGCAGCCCUAGAUCCCCACUUCUUCUGCCCCAAACACCCCCCCCCCCAAUCCUGCUGCUCUUCCUGCCCUUAUCAAUCUGGGUCCAUUACACUUUGCCCUCUUCCCCGUGGAUGGUCAGGAGUCUAGAGGAAAGGGACAUCUGGUCUCAGGCCCAUGCUUCCUGGGUGGCCUUUGCCUGCUUCCUCUCCCCUUGGCCUUCCUUUUGCUCUAGUUCCCACUGGACAAAAUUUCCUGAUUUUUCUCAUUUCUCCCCUCCUCUCUCUUGUCCUCCUUCUCUCCCCCCUGCAUCAGCCCACCCCCCCUCCUCUUUCUAGUUGAUCCCUCUCACCUUCCUGGUCCCCUCAAUCUCACCUCAGUUCCUUGCCAUGGGUGUUCUCACUCUGAAUCUCCCUCUUCCUUCAGUACCUGUACCAGGAACCUAAUUAAGCUCCCCUUUCCCCAGCCUUCUUUCCCAGGCCCCUGUGCUACGAGAAUCUUCCAGGCUCGUGCCUGGAAGAGAGCAUUGCCUAGCCUGGAGUUUGCACCCGAUUUCUAGCUUUCCCUAGAAGAGCUUGACACAGGGCCUUUGAGUUUUUUGUUGCCUCUUUAGUUAGCACCUGUGUUCAAAGCCUCACUCAGGAGGCUUCCUACUGCACUGGGUAUUCAUUCUCUCAACCCAGGAACAGAGGUGCGGGGAAGACAGGGUUUUGACGAGAAGCCAGGAUUAAGUUUUGAUGGGACCAGUGGGGGUAUCCCUUAGAACCCCUAACUAUAUGUAGCCUGCCCAGAGGAUGGGAGCUUGGCUGUGCCCUCCCGAGGCCCGAGAGUAUGCCAGAAGGAGGACGGACUGUACAGGGGAGCCACAGCCAAUGGUUUGGGGGUAUAAGUUUCCCAGGGCCUCAGAAAACCAGGUUCUUUGGGUACAAUGUCCCCAGCCUCCUUUGAGAUCCUCUGCCCUGGAUGAAGGCUAAUGACUGGGUGGGUGGGAGACCCAGCUCUCCUUUCUGUCCUAUUUGCAGCACUGGUUUUGUUUCCUUAAUAAAUUUUUAGUUAUGAGAUAUA